AUGGCGUCUAUGGCUGACCUCCCCACACCCGACCCGCCAGGCGGAAGCGGCGACUCGCGUCUCAGGUCGUCCUCUUCUAGCAGUACCGGUUUCGGUGCCGGUAGCAGUGGCGAGACAAGACGCUCUUCCCUGCCUCCACGUCGUCGCUCCUCUUCAUCACGUCGCUCACCCUCUCGCUCUCCACAAGCAGCCUACCUCGAGGAAGAGGAAGAUGACGAGGAUGCCGGCAUGAGAAUUCCUCUUGAGCCUCCCUCUUCUGCUCCCCUUGAUGAGGAGCUCGAAGAGAUCAUUGCCGCGAGAGUCUCGGGAGAGCAUUCACUUGGAGGAUGGCACUAUGCGCCACUCAUCGUGGGGAUUGGACCAGCUCUGGGAGCAAUAUUGGGUGGCAAGGCAGAUUUGUGGAGUGAUGCUAUCCUACUCCUCUUGUCGAGCUUCUGGCUGUUCCAAUGUCUCAAGAUCCCAAAUGACAUCUACUACGCCGCCCGCACUCGUCGCAUUCUACAAGAUGAUCAGAGUGUAGCCGACGAGGGCUUUCCUGCCGAUUCGCCAGAGCGAAAGAGGCGGUGUCAAAGCGCCGUUGCCGAGCUUCAGCGGACCGAGGUGAUUGCUCUAGCCGCCUGCGUCGUGAGCCCCAUCGUGGGAGCCUACGUACUCAAUUGGCUUCAGCUCAACCUCCACGAUGGAUCGAGGUAUCUGAACCGCUUCAACAUUCGCUUGUUCAUGAUGGCUGCAGGUAUCAGACCAUGGCUGCACCUCUUCAAAUUGAUCAGGAGAAGGACAUUACUACUGCAAGAAGACGUGCAUUACCCAUCAGCAAGGGUAGAGUCGAUGAAGAGGCGUAUCGCUCGGCUCGAAGCGGACCUUUCAGCACUACGAAAGUCGACUGUGUCUCGGAGCGACGUCAGACUGCUCCGCGAUGGCAUCGACGUACCUCUAUCGCAGAUGUCCCGUUCUAUGAGAAAGUACGAGAGGAAAGAGGAGAAUCUUCGAAACCUUGCAGACGACAAGUUCGCUCUUGUCGAAGCGCGUUUGGAAGAUUUGCUCAGGGAGUGUGCUAUCAAUGCUGAGCUCAUCGAGGCCGAGAGGUUAGAAAGGGAGAGGAGCAGCAGUCUCGGCAAGAACAUUCUCGAGGCAUUCAAGUACGCCCUGGGCCAACAGAGGAACUCUACUGCCUCCCUCGGCCACCGAGCCUACCUCACCGACGGCCGCUCCCCUUCGUCCUUUGCAGGGAUCACAGCUGCCCCAGGUCCUGACUCUCCAGGAUCUUCCGGCGGUGGCAGCGGCGGGAUGCUCAGUCCAGAGAUGCUCAAGAGGCGCUCCACCUCUUACUCUGGCCGAGGUCCCUCUACCGAACCUAUCAGUCCCCCAACCCGCCAUCGAGCCGUCUCCCAGCCCACCCCUCCCAGUCCUCGCCACUCUGCGGGUACAGGCCCGGGCUCUCGCGAAUGGUACGAGCAGGGCGUACUCUACUGGGCUUUCCUCCCCUUGAACGUAUCCAACUCCAUGCUGCGCUUUGCGGGCGAGAAGCUCGCAGGAAAAGACUCGACCCACUCUACCAGUAGUAAUGGCUCCUUUUCCUCCUCCUCCUCUUCCAGCAUCGCACGCCGAUCCUCCCUAUCAGCUCGAGCAGCAGCUGCUGCAGGAAUCACAUCUUCGAAUUCCUCUUCACGUCUAAUUGCAAAUCAACCAGCAACAUCGACGAGUAUACGUGAAGAACCACUCUCCUCUUCCCCACCUGCAAUUGGUACUGGAAUCCCCUCUCCCCAUAACGGUUCUGGCUCGGGCUCGGGCUCUGGCUCCGGCUCUGCGUUCGUGCCCAAUCUCCGCGCUGAGAGACGUGAGCGAGAGCAGCCGCCCAGUAUCCACAUCGCCACCUCCCCCACGCACGAGAAUGGGAAUAGCUCAAAGUACUCUUCCGCUUUCCUUUCCAGCGGCAAUGGCAGUGGCAGUGGCAGCGGUGGCGGCAGUGGUGGUAAUGGGACACUCCCUUUUGGUCAGCUUAGCAUGAACCAGAAUGGCGGAGGAGGCGGGGGAGGUGGCAGUGGCGGUGGGGGAGCGGGCGGAGGAGUCUCAACUCCUGCUUCGUGGAGACGGUCGAAGGGGAUGACUGGGCAGAGGGGAGUGAAGGUUUGA